CAGCCGGUCUUUUGGAUUGUUUACAAUUUGCUGGAAGACAGAAGCUCAUGGAAUGGAAGCUAAUGUUUACGACGAUUGCUGGGAGCUCGUGCAGCGUUUCCAGCGGCUGGUGAACGAUGGUGAGAGCUGCGAGUUCGAAGUGUUCUGCCGUUGCUGGCGGGAAUUAAAUAUGCAGCAUCUGUACACUGGACAGUCAAACAAUAUAGAGAUUGUGGCUACCACCCUGGCGGCUCUGCACGUAGCCAAGCAGUUGGCUUGUUCCCGACGGACCACCGGUGAAUUAUUCAAAGCUACUCGCCACCUGAGGAUAGCCGGGUUCUAUCUGCUGUAUGUGAUAUAUAAUAAACAGCCCACGCACCAGUUCGUGAAGAUCGAUGUUGCACGAAGGACGUGGCAGGAACUAACCGAUUAUGUCCUGCAGUUGCGCCAGGAAAGCCCCGAGAAACUAGACACUCAGCAGGUGGCCUUCAUGUUUUGGCGUUUGGUCAAUGAGCAGGCAUUCAGAUUCACAGCGGUGGACUAUUGCCUGGGAUUGGAUGAUCUGGUGGAUUAUAACCGACUUGAACCAAAAAUGGGUGCCAAGCAGCAGAAAAAGGAUAAUAUGCUCCUGAAGCAGCAGCGGCCCAACAGCGUAAGUCUCAUCUACGAGCUGGAUGGCUUCCGGACACUCCGCCUGGCCAGUGAACCACUGUGUGAAUUGGAGGCAGCCUAUAAUGAGAGGAAGGAACGUCUGACGGGCCAAGAACUAGCCCUGCCACCUACGAAAAUCUUUGGCCAGUUGCGCGAAGUCUUUGGGGAUAUACAGAGGCUUUUGGGAGAAGAAGAGGACAAGGAACAGAUAGCCCAAGACGAGAAGCCCAUGAGCUCAAAGAACCAACUGGAGGUGCGCCAACAGGUUCGAUACAAAGCCCUGUACGGCAGGGAAAAGAACGAAGGAGCCCGAGAAGAUGACGGAGAGGUGGAGUUGGAAGUUCAAGAAGCUUAUCAACGACGCAUGUCAUCAGCCACAGUUUUCCAGCAACCACUGCCGGAGGAAGUGGAACGGGAGUAUAUGAUCAAUGGCUGGACUGAAGACUGCGAAGAAAAUCAAGAAGAAGAGGACUCAAGCAAUGCCGAAAGCCAUGACAAGAAUGAAGCGGAGAAGCUUCUACGUAUUUUGGAAGCAGAAGACUUUAUUAUUGAGUCAGAAAGCGACAAUUAA